UCCUGCUGGCUCUUCGGCUGUGCAUCCCCAACAGUUCUCGGCCUUCUGAAAUGUGGGCCCUGGGGGGAGGCUGCAGCUCACAGACUCAGAAUUGAUUACAGGGAUAGAAAGACAUUGAUCACUGGCUAGCUUCUGGAUUCAUCCUUUAAUUUUCCUUUCCAUGGGUUAUGUUACAAAUAGUAUUUUCUCUCCAGCAGUGGAAAUACAGCAAAGCUGGGAUUUCAUUUAUCAUGUGGUAGGUCAGCUAGUGCAGAGAAAAUGUUGAAGUCUGGUCUCUGCCCACUUCACCAGCUGGAGGUGGAUGUGUCUCUGGGCAGGCUGUUGCUCUCUUUUCUCAAAGUGCUAGAUUGGAGAAUUGUCGGGUCGUAUACUCUGUGGGCUAGAAGUGAGUUUACUCUCCCACUGUCAACGCCUCAUGGUGAACGCAGGGGACGCUGACACUCUCGCUCUGGCCUGACCGAGUGCCCAGUCUUAAGUGAACCUGUGAACACAGCUGACCGUUUCCUGCUUUGUCCACUCGGCAAAGCGGCAUAUGGUGUGAUGGAAGGGGCACCAGUCCCCAUCUGCAUGCUCUUGCUGUGGGACACAGACUGGUCCCCAGCCCCUCGGAGUCUUUCCUCACCUGCACACUGCACAGUUGGAGCCGAUGGGGUAACAGCCAGCUAGAUGACAGUUUUCUUUCUGCUUGCCUGAAUCCUGGGCCUUCCCUCGUGCCCGGGUUCCUCUGGGGUGGUUGAAUUUGGAAGGAGGAACUCUGUCCCUUUUGUGCUCACGUGGGUGUAUGUCCCCCAUUCUGUCCACAGAGCAGGUGCCUCUGCCGGGCUACGUCACCUUCAACAGCAGUGAUGAGAACCCGCUGGAAGGGAGGGGCCUCUGCUACAGGGACGUCACCUCCCCAAUCAAUGAGCGGGAUGUGGAGAGCAGCAGCGGCAGCAGUCGGGAAGAGCACGCCUUCGGCGCCAACCUGGGGGUCGGGAGGUGCAGCAGCAGCAGCGAGGGCCUGACAAGAGCCCCGGGAGUCAGCAGUGAGGCCUCUCUGGAGAGCAACGAGGAUUCGGAUCAUGCCUGUAAAAGUUCGGUUCGCAAGCAAACUAAAAGUUAUAUGAAGACCAAGAAUCGUUACAGCAACAGCGAGAGCCAGUGGCCUCCCAGCACCGGGCCUUCGGGGGCAGCCUCUUCCCCGGGAUCGAUGCCCCAGACCGAGAGGUCCCGCCAUUCAGGACCUCAGGACCUCGCCACGCUGCUGGAGCAGAUUGGGUGUCUAAAGUACCUGCAGGUGUUCGAGGAGCAGGACGUGGACCUCCGCAUCUUCCUGACCCUCACUGAGAGCGACCUGAAGGAAAUUGGCAUCACGCUGUUUGGGCCGAAGAGGAAGAUGACCUCGGCCAUUGCUCGAUGGCACAGUGGCGCCCAUCCCCCCAGCGAUGCCCUGGAGCUGGCCUAUGCUGACCGGCUCGAAGCCGAGAUGCAGGAGCUCGCCAUCCAGCUGCACAAACGCUGUGAGGAGGUGGAGGCCAUGCGAGGCCAGGUGUCACAGGAGCAGGGGCUGCGCGCCGUGCUGGAGAGCUGCCUCCUGGAGCAGGAUGGCGCCCAGAAGGACGUGCACGCCCAGCUGCAGGAGACCUGGGCCCUCGCCCGGGACGCCGCUCUCAUCCUGGACCAGCUGCGAGCCUGUCAAGCCGAGCUGUCAGCCAGAGUGAAGCAGGAGGUGUCCAUCCGAGGGUCCCCCCUGGGCACAACCCUCCCCACAGCUGACUCCAACGGCUGGCCAGCCUCCCUGCAGGCCCUGAGCCUCCCUGAGCUGUCAGGAGUAUUGGAGGAUCGAGUCCAGGAAAUGGGGCGAGUGCUAUGCUCAGUGACCCAGAGCUUGGAGAAGCUGCAAGUACUGAACGGGAAGGAGAACUGGCGGGAGCCUUAGCUGGGAGGGACGUCUUCCCUUUCCCUUCUCAGAAUCCGACGUUGGGUGACUGAUCCACCCUGAAGCUGUGUGCCUGGAAGACAGGAGCGCGGACAGCAAGCGGCUGCAGCUUUGGAGGAUCAGGCCCCCGGAGCAGCAAGCAGGAUAGGGCUGGGGCGAGGAGGGAGGCCCACACCAAGGCAGGACGAGGGCCUCUAGGCCAGAAGCCCGGGGGUGAGGCCCAGAGCGGGCAGGGCCACGGGGAGAGAGCGGGUCCCCAUACACCGCAGGUGCCACACGGAGAGGACUGGGCACUUGGGCAGCGUAUGUCAUUGGCUGGAAAAUAAAAUGUAAGCUCUGCU